AUUCCUAAUCCUACAGCCCCCAAAAGUCGAAUAAAACAGCCCACCCAAACAAACACACCCUAUAUUUCGAGCCGACUGAAAACAUGCAUUCCUCUCAGUCUCAACAUAAACCUCUGUAAAAGCUGUUCACCACUCUCAGAACUCAGACCACACCGUUUCACAAUAAUUCAAUUCUGCGCUGCGCACAGUCUCUCUGUCUCUCUCUCUCUCUCUCUCUCUCUCUCUAACCAUCCAUAUUAAAACCCCCCUUAAACCCAUAAGUCUUCAUUGCAUUUUCAGUUAUACGUUGCAUAUACAGUUAUUGUUGCUGCGGGAAGAGACGGGUAUGGCGACGGAUACGAGUCUGAGGAAGGCGACGAAGUCGGCCCAAGUGGGCGCUCCGCCGCCGGAGCCGGAGCACCUCCCAUGCCCGCGCUGCGACUCCACAAACACCAAGUUUUGCUACUACAACAACUACAACUUCUCCCAGCCGCGCCACUUCUGCAAGUCCUGCCGCCGCUACUGGACUCACGGGGGCACCCUCCGCGACAUUCCAGUCGGCGGUGGCAGCCGCAAGAACGCCAAACGCUCCCGCACAAGUAUCUCUUCCAGCGCCACCACCAGUGGUGGAGGCGCCUCUGUUUAUUCAUCAGGUCAUCAUAUGGCCGCCGAUCAAGGUGGGGUAGUGCCGUACGUGAGCGAGGGUAAGAUGAGCGGGAGUUUUACGUCGUUGUUGAACAGCAGUCAGGGGAGUGGGCUUCUGGCAUUGGGUGGGUUUGGGCUUGGGCUUGGGCUUGAUGAGGUGGGGUUUGGGCUGGGAAGGGCUGUGUGGCCUUUUGCGGGAGUGGUGGAAGGUGGGCCGACGAGUGGGAGCGGUGGCGUGGCAGGUCAGACGUGGCAGCUGGAGAAUGGAGAAGGUGGAUUUGUGGGAGGUGGAGAUUGUUUUGCUUGGCCAGAUCUUGCUAUUUCCACUCCCGGCAGUGUUAUGAAAUGAAAAAGAAAUGUUUUUUUUUUUUUGGUUGUUUUGAAAAAUAGUUGUGUAUCAAGAGUUGAGGAGUUUGUCUUUGGUGAUAAUAUUAUCUAUGUUUCUAUGGCUUCAACUUUA